AUGACAAAAGUUAUUGUUAAUGAUCUUGGGGAUGAAUUAUUUGCUGUUUUGGUUGAUGAAGCUCGCGAUAUUUCUAUUAAGGAGCAAAUGUCAGUUUGUUUAAGGUAUGUGAAUAAAGAAGGGCAAUUAGCUCUUGUAACGGUUGCAAAAAAAUAUGUUAAAAUUGCUUUGCUUUUUAAUUUGUUAACCAAUUUGUGCAAUGUUGUUGGAACUUCGUAUAAACGACGAGAUAUGCUUCGUGAUAGUCAAAUGACUAAGACAAUUGAAGCAUUACAAAGUAAAGAAAUUUCUAGUGAAAGUGGUUUGAAUCAAGAAAUAGCUUUGAAAAGAGCUGGAGAUACCAGAUGGGGUUCACAUUAUGGAACUAUACUUCAAUUAAUUUCUUUGUUUUCUUCUGUGGUCAAUGUUUUUGAAUAUGUUGAGGAAGAUGGAAAUAAUUCAGAACAAAGAGCUGAAGCAUGUCAUUUAUUGAAUGUCAUUCAAUCAUUUGAAUUCAUUUUCAACUUACACUUGAUGAAAAAUAUCUUAGAAAUUACUAAUGAAUUAUCUCAAGCGUUACAAAGGAAUGAUCAAGACAUUAUAAAUGCUAUGGCAUUGGUUAAAGUGUCUAAGCAAUGGUUGCAAACUAUAAGAGAUGAUGGUUGGUCUCUUUUACUUGAUGAAGUCUCAUUGUUUUGUGACAAACAUAAUAUUACCGAUCCAAAAAUUGAUGAUAUAUUUGUGCCACAAGGAAGAUCAAGACGCAAAGCUCAAAAGAUCUCAAAUUUGCAUCCAUUUCAAGUUGAGAAAUUCUAUCAAGUAGUUGAUAGACAACUUCAAGAACUCAACAAUCGUUUUACAGAGGUGAAUAAUGAAUUGCUUCUCUGUAUAGCUUGUCUGAAUCCAAGACACUCAUUUCUUGUGUUUGAUAAGGAGAAGUUGAUCCAAUUAGCUCAAUUCUAUCCAUUAGAAUUUUCUUCAACUCAACUUUUGGUUCUUGAUAGUCAACUUGAGAAUUUCAUAUUAGAUGUGCGUUCUGAUGAUCAAUUCUCAAACUUAAAUGAGAUUGGUGCUCUUUUUUAG